UUGGUCCAGGAGACAAAGGACUAUGUGAAAAAGCCACUGAAUGCGUUCAUGAUCUACGCGAAGGAGCAGCGUCCCGCGUUGAAAGAGUUGCAUGCCAACCAUGACAGUGCCAGCAUUAAUAAACUUUUAGGACAGAUGUGGAAAACCCUGCCUUUUAGUGACAGAGAAAAAUAUUUGGAGGAGCAGAAGCGCUUGGACCAGGAGCACGCAGCAAAAUAUCCCAACUGGUCAGCCAGCGACAACUAUGGCAAAAGAAAGAGGAGAAAGUGUUCCCUGGCAUCACGAUGUACGAGCCAACUCCCCGCUGCCUCUACGGUCGCCGCAUCUCUGAGCGAUGCGUCUCCAGACGCUGCCUAUUGGGUCGCCUACUAUCCGGUUGCUGCAUCUCCACUUUCUGCCUAUCCUUUCGCCGCUGCUCCGGUCAUCGACUAUCCGGUUGCUGUGGCCCCUGCUCCAGUUGUCGCCCCCGUCACCCAUUCGCCACCCUCCUCUCCUGACGGGACAGCAGAGCUCAGCCUUGAGCAGGAAUUCAAUGAAUUUUUAUUACAGCUGGCAAAUCAGCCCGUCGAUCAAUGGCCAGACGAUCUCUUAAAUUUGUAAAUAGUGUAUAUUAUAAAAUGUUUUCUUUGUCCUUUUUAGUGUUGUUUUGAUCUUUUUUUAUGUAAAUAGUUUAUAUUUUAAAAUGUUAUAU